CUAACUAUAUAUAACAAGCCUUCCACUUCUAGCUCGACUCAGUGUGCUAGCUAGCCAGACCACCACUGACUGAAUCCAAUCCAAGCCCCUUAAUUACCAACCAUUUAAUGGAAGGCUCUACUACGAUGAGAACCAGCUUCGCCGCUUUGAUGGUUUUCCUGUUGGCUUCGGAGCUUUGCUUCGACGUGGCCACGGCGGCCGGAGAGUGUGGGUACACGCCCAUUGAGGAGGCGGCUGCAAGCUUGCGCCCCUGCUUGGAGGCCGCAAGGAAUCCUGGCGCCAAGGCUCCGCCGCCGUGCUGUGCCAAAGUUAAUGCGUUGAUUCGAACGUCGCCGAGAUGCCUGUGCGCCGUUCUGCUGUCGCCACUGGCGAAGGAAUUCGGUGUCAAUCCCGGGAUUGCUAUUUCCAUUCCGAAGAGGUGUUGCAUCGGGAACAGGCCCGUUGGGAAGAAGUGUGGAAGGUAUACCGUGCCAUGAGGAGGGGGGCAAGCCAAGGCAUGAUUUCUCCUUCUAUGCUAGUUAGAGUUAAAUAAGACAGGUUAUGUAUGGGCCAUUUGUAGCCUUUCUAUGGCCCAAUUAAGCUUUUUGUAGCAGCUUGUGCUAUGGCUGAGUUAUAUGAUGAUUAUGAUAAUAAUAUUAUGAAUUAGUUGGAUUUCACA